AUGCCUCCAAGAAGGUCCCAUAAAAAGAGUCGAGCCGGCUGUCGCCGAUGCAAGGCGCGAAAGAUAAAGUGCGAUGAGGUUCACCCACGCUGUGGCAACUGCGUCAAGCAUGGCGUGCCCUGCGACUUCGAGAACCCCGACGUCGCCCAGGAGCUCCACGCCCUCCUGGCCGGUUCCACGACCUCCCCCGGCUCGAGCGGCCAGGCUGCUUCGAUAGACGACCUCCUCUCGGAGACCUCAAUGUCUCGCCCGGCAGGCUUUGUUCCUGCCACUCCACACUCCUCCGCCUUCUCUGUCCCGUUGUACCGCCAACCACCCCAACCGCUGCCCGGGUCACAACCCAUCGGCCGCCUGACCGAGCUCCGCCUGAUGCACCAGUACACAAACCACACCUACAAGACGCUCGCCAUCACCUCUCCGGAGCUCGCACAGAUGUGGGGCGUCGCCAUCCCGAACCUCGCCUUUUCUGGGUCUACGCACUUGGUCGAUGCCAUUCUGGCCGUGUCAGCGCUGCACAUGAGGAGCCUCUGCCCGAACGACACCGAACUGGUCCGCGCCGGCCACGCAUACAUGGCGUCGUGCCUGAACAACUAUAGUAACAGCUUAAAGAACGGUAUCAACGCUGACAAUGCCGCGACGCUGUUCCUCACCUCCACACUCAUCGCCUUCCAAAGCACCGCGACGCGCAUAUUCACCAAGGACGAGUCCCCGUUCGCCCUGAUGAACGGGGGAGGCUACGAAGGAAGGGAUAUUGGGGCAUCUGGAAGCGUGUAUCAGCCACCUCUGACUUGGUUUCACUCCUUUCAGGGCGUCAAGACGGUCGUGGCGGCUUCAUGGGCAUGGCUGAAGCAGAACGACAUCAUACUCGCAAUCAUCGACUCCCAACCGGUGCUAAACUUGAAUUUUAGCCGAGCGACAGAGGGUUUUUUUGGCCACUUGCUUGACGAUCUGGACGAGGAAAUCGCGGCGCUCGGCCCUUCUGCACCGGUGACCCCGGCGCAGGAUCCGAACUGUAUCAGUGAGCCCAUGGACCUCGCGACGAGCACUCGGCAGGCAUACCAACACGCAGUGGCGACCUUGAACUGGGCACAUAGCAAGCCGGGCAAGGGGGCGCUCGCGUUCCCGGCAACCGUCUCGAAACGGUUUGUCGAGCUCGUUGAGGAGAGGCGACCGCGUGCUCUCGCGAUCCUGGCAUCCUUCUUUGCCCUGCUGAAAGUACUCGACAACAUCUGGUGGCUGCAGGGAAUGUCCAGGAGGGAGGUUCUGGGGAUCGUAUCGCUUUUCAACUCUGACUAUUUCGGACCGGACAUCGAGCGCAAGUGGUGGCCGCAUCUCGAGUGGGCGGUCCGCCUGGCGCUUUACGACACGGGCAGCAGUGGCCACACCCACAUACCUAUCGACAUGUGGGGUCCGGGCUGGGCUGAGGAGCAGCCGAGCGAGCUCACAUUCACGAGCCACAUCGAGAUGCUGAGCGAGCUGGUCAAUCCAAGCUCGCCCAUCCCCGCGCCGCCGAGCGACACGUCCAGGCUCAGGGGGUGCGAGCCGUCUACAUGGAACUCGAGCCUUCCGGCCCUGCCUUCUGAUUCGCCAAUGCAUGCUUUUGCAGCUUAUGCACGGGGAUGA